CCAGACCGCAGCCAGUGAGUCAUAUGGCGUGUCGGUGUGUUUUGUGCGCCGGGGAUUAAACCGGAUUAAUUUCCAGUCGAACACAAAGCGCAUGAGUUUCAUUGUGUGGUUUAUCUGAAACCUCCAUCCAAGCCUUUUCACCUGCAUGUGAGGCUGUGUGUUUGUUUUGAGGUCAAUCAUUUUAGCCUGCAUGUCAGCACAGAACAGUCCAUGACAAGUUCACCUCCAGAUGAGUCUCAGUUAUUGUCCUCGAAGCUGAUUAACACCCUUCAGAUCUGAUUAACACCCUUCAGAUAACUGACCUCACUUCUCAUCUGUGAUGUCUGUUACUGUGCAGCUCAUGCAACAAUUACAGCUGAAUCUGAUUGAAAUCAGUAUUAAAGAUGAUGUAGAGACUCUAAAGCCAACACGAUGUCCUAAUUUUUUUGGUUAAUUUGCACCAAGGAUCAAAUGAAAGAUCAACCUGGACACGUCACUGAGAUGACAGGUGAAAGCCCAAGCACUGUGACGCCACACUCGGACUGCGGUAUUAAAGAAGAGGACACGCACAAAUGUGAGACGCACUCAGGACCUCCCGGUUCUGAGGGGCGUGAGACGCACGAACACGAUGCGAGUCUGACCUCUGACCAGGCCACACAUUCUGACAGGCGUCUCUGUAAAGGAGGAGCUGAGAAACCAUACACAUGUCUGACUUGCAGGAAGACUUUUGCCACAUCGUCACACCUGGCGCUCCACGUGUGCACACGCAGCGGUGACAAGAAGCAUGAGCGCAGCAGGUACAGGUGCAGGAAACACGCGUGCGCCAAGGCAUUUUCUCGGCCGUCUCAGCUGGUGCGCCACAUGGCAGUCCACGUGGGUGAGAAGCCCUUCAAAUGCCCAGACUGCGGCAGGUGUUUUGGACGUGGGUCACACUUGGAGACCCAUCGACGGCUUCACACGGGCGAGAAGCCGUUCAAGUGCAGCGUGUGCGGCAAGUCCUUCACGCAGAAGUCCGGCCUCAUCGUACACGUGAGAAAGCACACGGGCGAGCGGCCGUACAAAUGCGACAAGUGCAGCGAGGCUUUUCGCACCGCCGCUCACCUCCUCUCCCAUCAGGCCGUCGAGGCAGGAGAGGGCCGACACGCCUGCGCCACAUGCCAUAAAAGCUUCAGGACCGUUUCAGCGCUCAGGCAGCAUGAAAAGAUUCACAGAGAGUCGCACGAUUCCUUCACGCACACAUGCAGAGUUUGUUCUGGCUCUUUCGUUUGCACCAGUGAACUGCACAACGAGCUCCAGGACACCGAGUCGGUCAUGUGUGUCUUUCACUGCAGAGUCUGUAACAUGGUUUUCACAGACAUGGCCACCUUUGAGAAUCACUGCGAGAAGCAUCAGAGGGAGAAAAGUGUGUGCAGAGAAGAGGAUCACAACCUGGGUGAAGAAGAGGAUGAAGAAGAGGUGGAGGAGGAGGAGGUGGGAAAAAAAAAGAACAGCGUUCGAGACCCACCUUUUCGACCGCACGUGGCAACGUCAGCGACGCGCUACACAUCUGAGGUCAGCACACGUUCCAAAACCAGAGCCAGGAGCAGCACCGAGGGAUUAAAUUGACUUUUGAUUUACGUGUUAUUUCUUGGCUUUUAAUCUUACACACCCAUAAAUUUUUUCUUUUAUGUGUAUUUAUAUAUAUAUAUAUUAUUUCGGCCUUAUCAGUAGGUCAGAGAGGAACAGUGUACACAAUUUACCUGUUACCUCAAAUGCAGUCGAUCAGCAGAGGCGUGUUUAUCAUCUAAAGGGGGUGGAGCUACAGUAUGACAUGAAAGUAGUUUGGCAAGUAAAAAAAGUUUAUAGCCAUCAGAUUUGCAUCCUGAGCGUGAUUUGCAUAUGCAAAUGACCUUCAGUUUACACUCUGACUUUUGACUUUGUGUCUGAUGGUUUGUCCUCGUUUACAGAAUGAAAGAGUGUCAGAUCCACAGCGAGAAGUCUGUCUGAGAGACUGAAAACCUUCUUAAAAACACUGUGGGAUCGUUUGAACAUGUUAAUUAGCUGAUCAAGAGGCUAUAUUACAUGUUGUUUAUUAGCUACAUUAACAUUGUAGUUCUAGCGCAAGUGAGAAGAAGCUAAUUUUAUACAACGACACCGAACAAGUCUGAGCUGAUCGACGUGUGUAAGGAUUGUGAGGUCACGUGACAUUUACGGCGUUUAGUGGCGUUUUAAACAGUUAACAUAUCGCAUGAGGUUUAUUAUUAUUAUAGGCUAAAAAAUGUAUUUGCAGUAAGGAUGGUUAAAAAGUGUUUGAUGUUGUUCCGAGUUACAGUACAUACAUGGAAUGUUGAUUCAAAGUUGUGUUGUGUUUGACUUGUUUAAUCUGGACAUGUAUGUGGAUCGUGUGAUAUUCAAGAGAUUAUAUCUUUGUGUGUGCAUA